ACAAUUUUUGAAUAAAAGCUGAGGAAUACAAGCUGCGAAUCAGCUGAUAGGUACAUUUGGUUUAUGCAACACGAAUGCACAUGUGUGUGUUAAGUCAAUCAAACCGCCAAAAUGUACCGCUAUUUGCUAAACAUCUCCUAUAUUGGCACAAAUUUCCGUGGUAUACAGAAAACGAUAAAUAAAGCUGCAGAAUCUCAGGUGGAUACAAAAACAAUACAAGGCUGCAUUGAGUUGGCGUGUCGGGCGUUGCAUCCCAAAAACGAAAUCCAAACGGUGCUUUCAAGUCGCACCGACGCUGGUGUGCACGCAUUACACUCAACACUUCACAUAGAUUUAGAGCGUCAUAACUCGGAGCCCUACGAAGCUGAAAAUGUUACUAGCAUUUUGAAUCGUAUGCUUCUUAAAAAUGCCUUACCUAUAAGAGUAUUGAGUACCCAACAAGUGCCCAACACUUUUCACUGUCGCUUUCAUGCACGAGGACGCACAUACUUGUACCGGUUUGCAGUGGCCAAAAAUGGUGUUACUGAUACUGAACGCCUAAAGAAUCAAAACUUUAAAGCGUUCAUACCGGUGGAAGAACUGGACCGCUGCCUUUUUCUACAAAAUAGCACAUUCGAUAUAGAGCGUUUGCGCGAUGCAACACAAAUGUUCCUUGGUUUACACGAUUUUCGCAGUUUUAUGAGCGUCAGUCGUCAACAUAGUCCAACACGGGAUCAUCCUAGAUACACAGUGCGUACAAUCGAUGAAAUUAAACUGAAACCUGGAAAAUCAGCUGCGAUUGGCGCAAAUGCUGAAUUGGCAGAGAGCAUCUACGAUUAUUGGGAAAUUGAGUUCAAAGCAAAAGCGUUUCUUUAUAAACAAGUGCGACGCAUUGUUGGCACAUUGUUAGCGCUUGCUACCGGGCGCAUCGAAGAGCGUUCUGUAUAUCAAAUGCUAACCAUACCAUCGAAAAACUCUUGGGAUCAUCGCAUAUUGCUCUCGCCACCACUUGGGCUCUAUCUUUGUCGUGUGCACUAUGAUGCAAAUGAUUUGAAGCUGCAGCCCACAACAGUUAAACAAAAUGAGUCUUCUCCAGCAGCUACAAACUAA